CAUUUUGACCUUUCGACGACACUAUUGUCGGUACGGUACGGAUAUUAUUGGAGGAGCGACUUUUGUUAUUUGGAGUCACUUUUAUUGGUCUUUAUUGUCAGCUUUCAGUCUGAAAGUAUUCUAAAGGAGGAGACAUGACGUCAACAGAUAAUUCACAGCUUACAGCUUCACACAGGAGGGCGCUAUUUGUUUCUGUGGCAGCUACAUGUAGCGAAGCAGGAUUCUCAACAGGAGAUAAAGAAUGCUUAGAAACACUCACCGAAAUCAUUCAAAGCUUUAUCACAGAAUUAGGACAAAGCAGUAGGGCAUACUGUGAGCUUGCUUGUCGUUCAUUGCCUAUGGUUACAGAUAUUGCCAUGGCGAUGUCUCAGAUGGGAGUUGACUGCUCAGAUCUCAAGCAAUUUGCUCGUAGAAAACAUAAGAUAGUCAUUCCUAAGCAGGACAGAUUACGACCAACCACUGACCCAUCUGGUUUACAAGUUGGUCAACGUAACAAACAUCCAUCCUAUAUUUAUGAUCAUCUACCAGCCUUUCCUGAUUCUCAUACAUACAUACAAACACCAACUUUCAAGCCUCAGGAUAAUGAUUACAAGACCGUACGGGAGAAGGCUGCUUCACAAAGACGUGAUGUAGAAAGAGCUUUGACUAGAUUCAUUGCAAAAACAGGAGAUAAUCAGACACUAUUCCCUGGGGAUAGUAAUCUCUUCCCAUUGAUAGCUUGUACCCCUUCACCUGUACCGUACCUAGAUGCCCUUAUACCACAGGAACAUGAUAUCCUACAAGAAAGUGAUGAUGAACAAGCACAAGAGGGCGACAUUAAAUCAGCGGAUGAGAGCGAGGAGAAGAGGGAUUCUCAAGAUACGGAAGGGAAGGUGAAAGGAACGGAAGAUGAGGGCGCUCAGUCCACACCGGCAAAGAGACGACACGAUCCUGAGAUCAUUGAUAAUCCGUUCUUAAGACAACCGAAACGGCCACGGUACAAGAAGAAGAAGUGAUUGAGGAAAACUCUAUUCCUGUAUUUAUUAUAGUAUUCUGUUGUGCAGUCACGUAGUAGACUGAACGCUAUAUAAGCCAACCUAACUCAGAAAUUUAUUUCAGCUACUCGUAGUUGUACGAUUGAUUUUAUCUUUGGUAAUCCUUUCCUAUUACAACCACAGCUUUCUGGAUCAAGAGAAAGUGACAUGAGAAGAAGUUAGGUAAUGCAUUUGAGGAUUAGCUGUUCACUUAUCGAUGUUCUUCUUCAUGGAUAUACACUAUACAUUAUUUUUGGGGGUUGUGGUCUAGUGGUUAUGACUCUUGUCUCUCAAUCUGAGGGAUGUGGGUUCCAGCUAUGGCAUGGUUUCCUUCAGCAAGAAAUUAAUCCACAUUGUGCUGCACUCAACCCAGGUGACGUGAAUGGGUACCCAGUAGGAAUACAUUCCUCAUUUGCUUGAGUGUCCAAAAGGGCAGUGCAGCUAAAGCCGGGGUAAUGAUAACGGUGCUUUGUAUCCUCGGGCGAAAAGCGUUUUAUAAAUCCAGCUGUUAUUAUUAUAAUUAGGCUUGUUAUCCACGUAAAACACAGGAACUGAAAAACAUGGUCAUGUGCUAAAGCAUUCUUAUAUGAAUAUCAAAAGUAUGGGAUCUAACGGUAUCCAUUGGUCCAAACUUUGCAUAUACGAAAGAAAAAGUAGAAUUUGAAGAAGUUUGUCCUGUUUUAUCUGUUAAUUAUUGCUGAUUGUAGAUCUACAAGAUCUGGUAACGGCAGGGGAUGCUAGGGACUUUGGGAUAGCGGAUUGAUUGUGAUAAUGGGUCUUGCAGAUUAAGGUCUGUGUUCUAUCAAGUUCUAGCCUGGGGCCUGUUUCAUAAAGAUCAAUGAAUGUACUGUUUAUGAUAAGUAUUUGAAAUAAAUUAUGGGAGUCCUAUUAAUUCAAAACAAUAGGCUGCAAUAAGUCAUUUCAAUGCCAGUGAUAAAAGCGCAAAUCCAUCUUUUGAUGCUUUCUUUGUGAAUUAGAGCUACUAAGAAUGUAACCAUAUUGUGGUUGAUCAUGUGAGAAUUUGAACACUGAUUAUUAAGGAAUAAAUGAAACUUUGAUGUCAGUAAUAACAAUGCCUUAAAUGAUAUGUAGAAAUCUGAAUCCAGUAGAGAGAUUUGAAUGCAAUAGAGACAUGUUUGUCAGAGUGUACCGCAAAAUGUAUUUACAUCAGUAACAAUUGAUUACAAUUUUUUUUCAUUCUGCAAUUUCAUAUCUAACUGAUAAAUUUUGUUGAUAGAAGCAGA